AAGAAAAAAAAUUGUUAAAAAACACAUUUUAGAACCUACCGUCCAUCGGUUUCCCGUCAUAAGAAAGACGACAAAAGACAUAAGAAACGCACUGCAUAACUUUUUAUGAUCCGGUACGCAAGUAAUAAUGCCAUGUGUCAAUCCAUCGAUUUUUAAUGAAUUUCCUCGACCGUUUAAUUUUUGCCUGUGUGACAAAACUGAAAAUCGAGAUCAGAAGAAUUCCCUCUAUUUUGCUCUCCUCAGAUCGCACUAACCAACAUGGAUAAUCCAGUUCUGAUUCCAAUUCCAUAUGGGAAUAAGAAGCCUUCUUUUUCCCUUUACCGAAACAAAGGAAUUAGUUCAAUUUAGUUGUUAGAUGUCUCCUCCUCGUCUCGUCGUUUCGGUUGCAACCUAAUUGCCAAUUUGUAACCCCACAUUCCCAAUUUUUUCAUCACCGGAAUCAGAUUCUCUGCUUUUUAUGGUUUCCACUUAACUUCUUAGCUCUCUCCUUCAGAUGCCUAUUUAAUUCCACCAUGGGAAUUCCCAAGAAAUUCGUUGCCUUUGGCCUCUCCAUCUUCUCCCUGACUUUCCCGCUGCUUUUUCCUCCCGGAUUCUUCCCUUCUCCUCCGGAUUUCCCGCCAAAAUUAAAGCUAUCCUCGCUGCAGGUCUUACUUGGAGCAUACGUUGGAAGAUUCUUAGGCUCGGAACUUAACGUGGUGCACUGUUUGAUCUUUGAUUUAACACCUGAGGGGCUAAUCAGUCGCUCUCUCACUACUCAAUGGACCAUAGUGCCAGGACAAUGUUAGGUGACAAAGCAUCAAAAUCUCAUCUCACGGUGAACACCAAUGGUGGUGAGAAACCACAUGUAUGGUCGUCUUCUGAAGGAGGAUGUCAAAUUGAUAUAGGAAAACAAAUUUUCUGCAACAGAUCACUGAAUAUGAAGAAUAUUAUUGCUGUUGGCUUUGAUAUGGAUUAUACCUUGGCACAAUACAAACCUGAGACUUUUGAGUCCCUUGCAUAUGAAGGCACAAUCAGAAAAUUGGUGUAUAAUUUGGGCUAUCCACAAGAGUUACUAGAGUGGACGUUUGAUUGGAAGUAUAUGGUUAGAGGCUUGGUUCUAGACAAAAAGAGAGGCAACAUCUUAAAGAUGGAUCGACAUAAGUAUGUGAAAGUAGCGUACCAUGGGUUCAAAGAGUUGUCCAAGGAAGAUAAAGUUGGCACCUAUGGGAAUACACUCAUACAGGAUUCUUUUGAUGAGCCAGAUUAUGCCCUUAUUGAUACACUGUUUUCACUAGCUGAAGCAUACUUGUUUGCUCAACUGGUUGACUUUAGGGACAAUAAUCCUGGAAAAGUUCCGCAGGGUACUGAUUAUUCUCGCAUGUACAAAGAUGUUCGGGCUGCUGUUGAUUUGUGCCACCGGGAUGGAACCUUAAAGCAAAUGGUUGCAAAGAAUCCUAAAAGGUAUAUCAAUGAGGACACCUCUAUAGUACCUAUGCUCAAAAUGCUGAGGGCUUCUGGCCGUUCAACAUUCUUGGUGACAAAUAGUUUAUGGGACUACACAAACAUUGUAAUGAAUUUUCUCUGUGCAUCCCGUACAUCGGAUGGUGGUAUCACUUGCAAUUUUGAUUGGCUUCAAUAUUUUGAUGUCGUGAUCACUGGCAGCGCAAAACCUGGCUUCUUCCAUGAAGGCAAACAUGCCAACAUUUUUGAGGUUGAAACUGAGUCUGGAAUGCUCCUCAAUACUGACAAUGGCACUCCUAUGCCUCAGGUGGGGAAUACUUCACCAAAAGUGCUGCUGAAGGGAUUAAACAAAAGUUGCCGAGUCUUCCAGGGUGGCAGUGUUGGUCAUCUACAUAAGUUGCUUUCUAUAGAGUCAAGUUCACAGGUGAUUCUUUGUUUGAUGAGGUUCUCUAUGUUGGAGACCAUAUCUAUGGAGAUAUUUUGCGCAGCAAGAAGGUUCUUGCAACUAAGGUUGUUGAGGAAUGAGCGUGAUCUUGUUGAAGACCAAAUUCAUCAUUUGAAAUGGGCUCUCAAGUUUGAAAGUCUUCGUAAUGAUGAAAAGCAGAAAAUGACUUCCGCUGUGGGUGAACUGGAGUCACACAGGGAUCAAGUGCGACUUGCUCAUCAACAGGCUCAAUGGGAGUGUCAUCAAAAGUUUCACAAGAUCUGGGGACAACUCAUGAAGACUGGCUAUCAAAACUCUCACUUUGCUCAUCAGGUUGAGAGAUUUGCCUGUCUUUACACUAGCCAAGUCUCCAACUUAAGCUUGUAUUCCCCAGACAAAUACUAUAGGCCUAGUGAAGAUUUCAUGCCUCAUGAAUUUCAUAUUCUUCCGUUGUGAAAUCAGUUCCGGGACUGACAACUGAAGGAGGUGUUUUGUUCCAAGAAGCAAAAUAACUUUUCUUUAGGCUUUUAAAAUAAAGCCUCAACCCCCUUCAUUUUCAUUUUUUCCCUCAAUGAUGACAUCAUUGUAAUUAGAUUUGCUCACUUGUAUUCUCAAUUGAUGGAAAAGACGCUUUAAGUCAUUGAUCCUCCAUAUGUAGAUGUAUUUCUUUGGAUGCACACUUUCCCAUGGCAUGAUGUGAUUUUCUAAACUUUGAUGUUUUUCGAUGUUUUUUACUAAUGUUAUCUAUGGUCAUUUGCCAACAUCACCGGUAUUUUCUGUUUCCUUUUUAAAAAGCUGUGGUUGUUAUGGAUUUAACUUCAAUGAGCUAAUUUCCCGGUGGUAUUUUUCUUUAUUGUUCUUUUCCGUGGCUUAGAUGGGUCUUACAAUGGCUUAAGCUUGAUGUUUAAGAGGUGGGAUUCUAAAAAAACUGCUGGAUCAACAAAGAAUGGAAGAGACUCAAAACCCAAGAAGCUUGGGGUGAAGAAGUUCAGUGGUGAGGUCAAUUAGUAAUGGUAGUAGUAGAUUUCAUUUUAUUUGAUUUGAUUAGUUACUUUGUUGUGCAGAGGGUCAUUCCUGGAAACAUUAUAUGGUUCGUCAUCGAGGAACAUGGUUCCAUCCUGAAACUAUAUUUGGAUUGCGAAAGAUCAUACUUUCUAGUAUUCUACUGCCAUGAACAAGAUAUUAUGCUAUAAAACGGUGGAAUCCUUCUGGAAAACUAUUACUGGCAUAAUUCUUUUAUCUUAGUAUGAUUAUAAGUCUCUUUCUGCUUUGGAUAGGAAAUAGUCUUUCUAGUCGAGUGGCCAAGCAUGAAGCAGUUAAACUGAAGAAGUUGAUGAUAAACCCUGCUGGGGACUCAUCAUUGUCUUAGCAAAGCACACGCCCGAUGUCUUUUACUGGACUGGAGUUAUUGAGAUACAAGCGGUCGGUAGAACAGCCGCAAAAUCAUGUUGAGAAUUUUCUGGGACGUCAAAUAUUUGUAUCACUAGGUUUGAAUUCUGAAUAAAAAAAAUUGUUUUCAGGUUCAGUUAAUGCGUUCUUGGAUUGCCACUAAAAAAAAGUAAACUUAAUAAUGCAGCAAGGAGUCCUAAUAUUUUACAAUUUUACACUCUACAUGUUAAGAUAUGUGAGAGAAAGUGCCAAUUACAAUGAAAAUUGUUGCUUGUUAUGACAACUGACUGCAAACAAGCUUUUGAAAUAUGGAAGAAUCAUGCUGGAUGCAGUUGGUCUCCCGUCUCUUCUUCAUGGCUGACUUAGGCCAUUUUCGUUAGGCGUAGAGAUGCGGCAGAUUGGAUAGCCUGCUAGAUUUCCUUAUAAAAUAGCUUUUGAGCCCAAUGGGUGCACAACUAAAAACAACAGGUAUAGAAUGGUUGAGCAGGUACUUACACAGAAGCCACGGCUAAA